UUAGUGAAAAAAAUUUGACAUUCCUUACGUCACUUAAGCUGAAUGUUUUUAAAUAUUGUACUAAAAUUCGUUAUUAACGACCAAUUAAAACGGCACCGUUUCGAAGUAUUUACUUAAGAUUACGCGAAUUGAUCAUUAGAAAAUAAAGAAAAUACUGGAUUGACCCGUUCAAGACGUUUCUGGAAGCCUAACCUCACUUUUAAUUUUAAUGUCAUACACUAUGUAAAAAUCAUUUCUGCUUUCUACAUUUGUGCGCUUUGUUUGAAAUCUUUAAAAAGUAAUAAAGGCAAAAAAGUUAGUAACGUAAAGAUAUGUCGAAACAUAACAGUGCUACUUCGCGGUUAAAACAGGAUUAUUUAAGGUUGAAAAAGGACCCAGUGCCCUAUAUUACUGCGGAACCUCUACAAAACAAUAUUUUAGAAUGGCAUUAUGUUGUGUGUGGUCCUGAAUCUACCCCCUACGAAGGUGGUUUUUAUCAUGGAAAGUUGAUUUUUCCACGUGAAUUUCCUUUUAAACCUCCUUCGAUUUAUAUGAUAACCCCCAGUGGACGUUUUAAAACUAAUACUAGGUUAUGCUUGAGUAUAUCAGAUUUUCAUCCGGAUACGUGGAAUCCAGCAUGGAGUGUUUCUACGAUAUUAACCGGCCUAUUAAGUUUUAUGAUUGAGAAAAGUCCUACUUUGGGCAGUAUAGAUACAACGGAUUAUGACAAAAUUCAAUUAGCUUUUGAAUCUUUAGAGUUUAAUUUAAAAGAUAAACAAUUUUGUGAUCUUUUUCCUGAUAUCGUAUCAAAAAUACAGGCGGAAAUAAAGAAAAGGAAUGAAAUACAAUGUAAUAUUGAGAAGCAAACAACGGAGCAAGUAACUCAGGAGCCAAGUAGUAUGCAAUCAUUUCUAACCAAUUUAAUUGUAAUAAUUGGUUUCGCGGCGUUUGCUUUUACUGUAAAGUAUGUGAUGAAAACCAGUGCUGCCGAUUCGGCCUCAGAAUAAUAAUAACUAAUUGUGAUAUUUGUAUUUUGAUAAUUUUUAUGGUGUACAUUAGAAAAAAACCUUUCUUUUCUCAAAAAAAUUUAUUUUUUUAUCAAAAAAGAAAUAUACUUUUGUUUGGCUAUAAUAAUGUAAAGCUACUUAUUAAUUAAUAAUUCUAAUUUGUUUAUUGCACACAAAUAAUUACAACUUUGUUUUCUUUUUUAGUUCAUUAAGUUUCAGAUUGUAUUAAUUUUUCUUUUUUCAACUGCUUUGAAUCUUAUGUACGGAUGAAUAUCGUUUUAAGGGGAUAUAUGGGGAAAUAUGUACAUAAUAAUUAGAUUUAAUAAAUAAAUAGUGGUUAAAA